GUCACUGGGUCGCUUAGAAAUCGAAAAUUACUGUGUCAUCCUGGAAAGUAUUACAUUCAUUUCAUAUCCGAUUGUCCAUUGGGACUUUGUGGCUUAUUUUUUGAAAAGUAGCUUUUAACAAACCAUCAAGGGAAUAUAAACGCUAAGUAUUCAUUAGAUCACAAUUAAGGGUUUCCUAGCAUCCCAUGUAGGAAUCCACCGGGAGUGAAUGGUCGCUUGUUAGGGAUGAGCACGGAGGCGGAGGCCGAGGCGACGAACGCGUGACCACCUCGUCUUAUUUUAUUCCUGGCCGCUCCAGUGAAAGAGGAGGGCGCUUACCUUUGACACUUUCACCACAGACCCAGUGAUUUAGCAAAAUUUGGCUGACAGCUGUAUUUGCUAUUAAUAGAAUAUUUGAUAUUGAUUAUAAGUGACACUAAGUAAAAAGAUUUUUAUAGGUAAACAAUCUAGUCCCUGUUUUGCUAAAUGGUCAUUAGGAAUUGUAAAUGGUCUUGAACAAUUCCCUGAGAGACAGAGAGAGAGAAAAAAAAUCUGGCUAGACUUUUUCAUCAUCUUGUUCUUGUAAACUUUCUUUUAUACUUCUCAUCUUUACAGUGUUUAGUCUUCACAGAGAGAGAAGGUGAAACAGAACAAAGGCUUAGAGGACGUUCAUUUUUCAUAACGGAUCAUUUGCUAGACUCCCAGAAUUAAGAUAAAAGCACAAAGAUAACACAAGGAAAAGUUAUUAGCAUAAUGAUGAUGGCUGCGUGGAUGUGGCACAAGUUUUCGAGCUGGUUCUGGAACCCUGAUGUGUGGCUGCCCCCGAACUACAGCUGGGAAGACCUCGUGCCCAACGAGAAGAUUCGCUAUGCUAACUGGAGUGAUCUGUGGACGUAUCCAAUUUUCAUGGCAUUUUUGGCAAUUGGCCUCCGUUUUUUGGUGCUCAAUAAGCUUGUCUAUCGACAUAUAGCUCUGGCAGUAGGCCUGAGAGAUGUAAAGCCUCGUCCUGUGGUGCCUAAUGAGACUCUAGAACAAUUGUUCCUUCGAAGCAAAAAACAACCACCAGAAAAUGAAAUUUGUCAAUGUGCAAAACAAUUGCAGUGGACAGAACGCAAAGUAGAAAGAUGGUUACGGCAGAGGCAAGCCAUGACUCGUGUCAAUAAGUUCACCAAGUUUAUGGAGUGUGCCUGGCAGUGUACAUAUUAUACCUUCAUCUUUUUCUAUGGCUUAUAUGUGAUGUCAGAUAAGUCUUGGCUUUGGGAUAUCCGCAAUUGUUGGUACGAAUACCCUAACCACAGUGUUGAUAUUGAUGUCUGGUGGUACUACAUGAUAUCCCUCUCCUUCUAUUGGUCCAUGACCUUUACACAUUUCUUUGAAGCCAAGCGCAAAGAUUUUUGGCAGAUGUUUAUCCACCACAUGGUCACCAUUGCACUCAUCACUUUCUCUUGGACCUGCAACCUAACGAGAAUUGGAACGCUAGUUCUCAUUGUCCAUGACUGUGCUGAUAUCCCCCUCCAGUUGGCAAAAAUGAGCAUCUAUUCAGGGCACAAAGCUUUCUGUGAUGCAGUCUUUGCCAUCUUUGCUAUUUUGUGGAUCAUUACACGUGUUGGUAUAUACCCACUCUGGAUUGUAUACAGCACUGCCAUUGAAGCACCAACAAUUUUGCCCAUGUUCCCUGCUUAUUAUAUAUUUAACUCUCUACUCAUUGCUCUUUUGUUGUUGCAUAUUUAUUGGACAUACUUGAUUUUGCGCAUCAUAGCAACAACAAUUAGCAAGGGCAAUGUUGAAGACAACCGAUCAUCCUCAGAUCCUUCAGAAGUGUCUGAAGACAAUGGAGAAGAGAAGAAACAGAAUUAAGCAGCUGAGAUAGGAAAUUACAAGUAAAGUGGGCCAUAAUCAAACCUGUCAAAUUAUGUAAGAUUUCGUUUGAUUUGCAUCUCAUCCUUCGAAUGAGGCAUAAUUGUCAUAUAUGCAAAUAACGAGUUGAAAAAUUUGUAAUGAAGUUUAUACUGAAAUACUGGUC